UUGCUUUUAAAUUACAAAAUAAUUUGUAAAAUUUAGCAAAACUUUCUAUUUAGAAUAGCUUUGACGGCAAAGUCAUAUUUGGGUUCCACGGAAAAUCGGCAGUGUAGGAAUUCAUAAAUUCUAAAUAAAAAAUUAGAAUUUAACAGUAAUAGAUAAUGAAGUGAUGUGUGAUUUUUUGCUCUAAACUACCGACUAUUUUGAAAAGUGCUAUAGCUUUAAAGGAGAAAAAAAAACGAAAAGUAUGAAACUGAAUUUUUAUGAGGAGGCCAAAUCGAAACAUUACCGUAUUUGGCGCAAUUUAAAUCGGCAUAUUUCGCAAUGGUUGGGCGCGAUAUCACUCCAACGGAAAUCGGAAAGCAUUCCAAACUAAUUAAGAUGGCGCAAGAGGAAAUGGCCACAAUGGAUGUUCUUGUAUGUGGCCGCUGCCUCAACGUAUACCAUUUCAUCGAAGAUUUUGAUGAGCAUAAGCAGAGACCUUGCCAAAAGGAAAACAACAAUGUGCGUGAAUGCAAUGACACCAAACCAAAAAUUUGGGCAUUCUUACUAUGGAAAGCAACACAACUAAGUAAUAAUAGAGACUCGAGUACAGCUAGUCCUAAUUCAUGGGCUCUUUAUCAAACAUGGGUUAAAAUGGAUGAAAGCUUGCGGGAAACAUGGAUUGUAGCUGGCAAAACAAUCCAAUCUUUUGCCAAAGUAGGUCAAGGUGGUCUACAGGAGAUGCCAGUGAAAAUAACUAAGACUGUUGUUAAUAAUACUAGUGAAAGCGCAUCACCAGGUCGCAAACUUUUAACACAAACAAAACCUCAAGUAGCUAACUUGAAACCUCCGAUCAAAGUGACUGAUGGAAAUAAGGACGUUGAAAAUGAUCCUUCACAUAAAGGGGGUACAUCUGCCCCAAAAGUUGUGAAAAAACCGUUUACUAUACGGAGUGACGCUGUAGGUGGUGUAACGCAAAAUAAGCUGCCAACUGGAAACGCCACUAAGCCAUUAAGCCGACGUGCCAAGCGCACUGUUCCCAACUCGGAUGAGGUCAUUGAGGAGAAUGUGGAGAAAAUCGUUGCAAAGCGUUUUAAUCCCAGGCGCAAAAUGCAUGAGUAUUUAGUGAAAUGGGAGUCUCGCACUCAUGAACAAAAUACUUGGGAGCCAUCUUCACAUUUAGAUAACGUUCCGCAUCUUUUGGAAACAUUCGAAACACAAUUGGCGCGGCAAAAAGAGACACGUGCAGCAUUACAAGCGAAACAAGCUGCACAAUCAGCCAACGCAAGCAAAAUUGGUGAUAGUAAAUCAAUUGACGCUGCAAAAAAAGGUGAAACCAAUGUCUCUACCAAACUUGGAACUGGUAUAGGAAAAUUACAAACCGUUAGUAGUAGUAAUAAUGAUAUUGGUGAUAGUAACAAAUCCACGGCAGGUACAGAUGUUUCUGCACGGCCUUCACGAACAUCUAAAACCAAAGCAAUGGAUCAGGUUAAACAAUGGGUUUCUGGAAGUAACCAAGUCGCUUCAGGUGGAGCUUCUCCAACAGGCAGUGACGCCGCCGGGAGUGGUAACAACUCACAAGAUGGUGAAAGAGAUUGGUCUGUGAAUACCAGCAAUAGCUCGGCAAACGUUGGUGCAGCUGGCUUAAAACGCAAAUUAGAAGAUUCAGAUUUUAAUGAUUCCAAUACUAGCGACUUGCCUAGCACUACAGCAACAAUAGAAGAUUUAGAAGAGGAUCUAAUUCCAUCACACACCGUAAAGCGUAUGAAGAACGGCAAUGCUAUUUCUAUUGAGUCCAAAGUGGUUAAGGUGAAUGGAACGAGCAGUACGCGUACACCCGCUUCAGUUAGCGGAGAGUCAUUGCCAGUAGGACCGAAUUCAGCGGAGAUUAUUAUAACGCAAGAUACAAAUGCUUCCGGCGUGGUAAAGAAGCCUGGUUUCAAUAGCAAUAGCCGCAAUACAACUCCAAAAAGUGAGGCCCUAAUUCGAAUACUAUCGAAAGGGGAAUCAGCUGUGUCCAGCACAGGCAUAGUGCGAGUUGCCGGCGGAGGCAGUGAUAGUGGUAGCGAAUCCAAAUCGGCAGCGUCCACCGUAACAGCUGGUCGAACACAUAUUCGCGUAGGAGCUGGUGGCGCAACUACAGUUGGUAAUACGCAAAUCAACACAAUUUCGCGCCAACAACAUGUCCAACGUACACCAGGCAGCACUGCUUUGCAACGAAAAACCAUUAUGACCACCGGUACAACGCAGCAGCAACGUGGUGGUUCUUCCGUGCAUGUGCGUACUGGCGGCAUAACGAGCUCUGCUCAACAACACUCUUCGCCAACAUCAGGGCGUAUGAUAAUACCUCGUCAAGGUAGUGCCGGGCAUGUAACACGACCCACUACCAGCAGCACCACUAAAACUGUAACGCCAGAACAAAAGAUUCUACAACUUUCGAAGUCGGGCGAUUUGAAAGUCACUAAAAAAGUCAUGACACGAGAGGAUGCCAUUGCACAGCGCAUGAAUUUAAAGCAGCAACAGUCGCAAAUCCAAAUUCAGAAGGUGCAACAGAUCACACCACCAACCGGAGGUGGGCGCACAAGCCAAGUAAGCGCGGUAAGUGUGCGUAAGCAACCAGAUGGAACUUAUGCGCAUGAGGAGCAACACCAAGCGCAAUUAUGCCCCAUUACUGGCAAAAUAUUGGGACAGGAUGAUCAGGCGAUGUCCCAGCAGCAAUUUCAAAGCGGAGUAAUACAUACACAAUUGAUUACUGGCGCUAGUGGCGAACAACAAUUGGCGUUGCAACAAGACCAUCAGCAACAAUUACAAGACAUCGACCCAACAUUGCUUCUAACCAGUGAUCAACAAAUGCUCACUAAUGAAGAUGGUACUCCAUUGUUAGUAACUGGAGAAGAUGGUACCGUGUACCAAGUGGCCGGUAAAAAUGCCGAAGGACAAACUAUUCUUGUAACCCAAGGCCCUGAUGGCGAACAACAAUUCGCCUAUGUCGCUGCUGCCGAAGGUGAUGAUAAUCAAGUGCUAACUCUUGAUAACGCCGUUGCAGAAGCAGUAGCACAAAAUUCCGGCGAAUUGCAUCAAGCCGAAUCCAUGGCAGAACCUCAAUAUAUUGUCAAAACAACAAAAGAAGAUGGCACCACACACGUAGUUACAAUGAGUGAGGCAGAAUUGCAACAGCAUCAGGCUUUGGCUGCAGCCCAACAACAGCAACAAGUAGAUGCUGGUAGUGGAGCCGUUGCCGUAACAGCUAGUGGUGGAGGUACUACCGGGCAACUGUGUAUACAAACGUCUGACGGUGCCGAUGGACAGGAAGCUAAUAUACCUGCUGAAGUCAUACAGGCUGGCAUGCCUUCUCCAGGUGGUACACGGCGGGUGGUGUUGUUAUUACAAGAUGGGACUUACAUGAUGACUGAGAUGCAUGACGACGAGUUUAAAGCACUAAAUAUUGCCGCGUAAAAUAAAGAUCUGUAUUACAACCCUUGAAGUAUGUCUUUCUAAAAUUUGUCACUCUAGUUAUUCAAGUUUUAGCGACUGAUAACUAUGAUCGUUUAAUGUCUGCACACGGAUGUAGUCAAACUAAGCUAGAAUAUUAAAGUUAGAUUUAACAUUUGUUGCUGAACGUUAAAAAAAGAAGAGCUCGAAAUAGCAUCGAUAAAUAAGCACAUUUGCAAAGCCGUAUUUUACCUUAGUGUUGUAAUAAUUUUUAAGAACGUAUUUUAUUAUAUUGCCCUAUAAGUUUUGUUAUAAAGCAUAAUAGUAUUUUACUAUAAUUUUUUAUGGAUUUGAUCCUUUAAAAAAUAUUGUAAUUUUGUGAAUUAUGAAUUAAAAAUUUUCUUUGGCUUUUUAGAGAUGUGCAUGUA